GGUUCAGCCUCUAAACAACACUGAUGUCCAGCUCAGAUGGGAAACAGAGCGAGCUGCACCAGUAAGGUUAGGGUUUCCUGGAGGUCCUUUCCAAAUGCCUACAAAAAGAGGAGACAAAUUAGCAGGACAGCAGCAAUAAAUUCUCAAAUUUUCCAUCCUGGAACAUGAAGUAUUUGGGAAAGUUAUCUAACUGCUAUCGAGUUGAAUAUAAAUUGUGAUAAUUAUACAUCAACAGUGAGGUGAGAGAUACAGAUAUGAGCUCAGAGGAGGAGCCAAAGUACCAGACACCGCCCACCUGCGAUCUGCUCAGCCUUCUGCUGAGGAACAGACGCCCCACUGGAGCUGUCAAUGAGGUUUGGCCCAACCUCUACAUCGGAGACGCGGCUACGGCUCAGGAUAAAACGCUGUUAGUGACUCUGGAAAUAACACACGUGGUGAAUGCUGCAGAUGGCCCCCAGCACAUUGACACGGGGCCACGUUUCUACAAAGACACCAACAUACUGUAUCAUGGAGUAGAGGCAGCAGACUGCAGAGAUUUUGACUUGAGCCCAUUCUUCACGGAGACGGCUGAUUUCAUUCAUGGUGCUCUGAGUCAGAAAGGUAAGGUGCUUGUCCACUGCGCUCGAGGAAUCAGCCGCUCAGCGACUCUUGUGUUGGCCUUCCUCAUGAUCAAAGAAAGACUUACCCUCAUGGAGGCCGUGGAGGUUGUUUGCAGCCACAGAAAUAUUCUGCCAAAUGUUGGAUUCCUGAAGCAGCUCUGUCUUCCUGACUCAUCUUUGGCCCUGCAGAGGAGGACGUAACACUCAGGAAGAGGAGAGGAGACAUAAAUGUUGGGAUGUUGUUGAGUUUUUAAUCACUUUUAUGCAUCCUUCAUAUUGUUUCUGCGUAGAUUCUCAGUCAUAAAGGUAAUUUCAACCCUAAGAGCGUGUGUAGAAGGUAACUGGACUUCUGUUUUUGAUGCCUGAAGAUGUUUUCAAGAAGUGAAAACAAAAGUCUAAUUGCCUUCUACUAAAGCUCUUACAAUUAUCCCUCACAUUAUCUAUUUAACACACCAUGAUCCCUAGCUGUGGAUUUUUAGGAUGUAUUUUUUACCUUGCAGGCAGUCAUUGUUUUCCAUUAAUUGCUGAGCAUGAAAAUCAAUUAGCCCACUUUUGCUUGAGUUGUGUAAUUAACUGCUCCAAAAACUCCCAUUACAGUAUAAUGAUAUGCUGUUUAUGAGCAGAUUAAAAAUGUGUAAAAAAAAAAAAAAACUACUCUGUAUUACAUCACAAUGUAAUUUUGCCAAAAAUAGAUGCACGCUCCAUGUUCUCUGAAUUACGCAGCUCAAGCAAGUUUCAAGUGUGCUACUCACAGCUGCAGGCUUGAAACUUCAGUCACAUAAGAAAGACAGAAAACAUGACCAGCAAAAGAUUUGAUUUGAUGA